AUGUCAGCCGAACCGGGUCCAUCGGUCGCCAACCUCUCCUCCACCCCCUCCUCCACCCGCGGCGGCGAAGCAUCAUGGUACGACUCGAUGCUCUCCCAUCUCUCCACGCCGCCUACCUGGCCGGCGGACAAAGAAACCGCCAUCCUCGAGCCGUACACCUAUCUGGACGCCAAUCCGGGCAAGGAAGUGCGCACGAAGCUCAUCGAGGCGUUCAACGUCUGGCUCGUCGUACCUCCUCGAAAGCUCGAUGCGAUCUGCAACGUCGUGCGCAUGCUCCACACCGCGAGCUUGCUCAUGGACGACGUCGAGGACAAUUCCGACUUACGUCGUGGCAUUCCUGUCGCACACAAGAUCUACGGUGUUCCUCAAACGAUCAACACCGCCAACUACGUCUACUUUUUGGUCUUCAGCGAGAUUUUCAGCAUGAACGCCUCGACCAGCGGAACGAGCUCCCCACCUCUCAGCAACUCGAUAGCAAAGACAACGGUGGAACGGCUCGUAGUGGACGAACUGAUCAAUCUCCAUCGUGGUCAGGGGAUGGACUUGCUCUGGAGAGACAGUCUCAUCUGUCCCACGGAGGAGGAGUAUGUCGAGAUGGUGAACAACAAAACAGGGGGGUUGUUUCGGAUCGCCGUCAAGCUCAUGCUCUCCCAAUCUCCCUCGGCGCGCUCGACGGGCUUUCCGGAUUUGAUACCCGUGGUCAAUCUGAUCGGACUGCUCUUUCAGAUUCUGGACGACUUUAUGAAUCUGCAGAGCAGCAAGUAUGCAGAAAAUAAGGGCUUUGCAGAGGAUCUGACGGAGGGCAAGUUCAGUUUUCCCAUCAUCCAUUCGAUUCGAGCGAGUGUCGGGUCGAGUAGCGGAGACACUGUCUCGAGUGGCAGCAGCAAAGGCGGAACCGCGACAGGAGUCAAUGCGCCAAAUCCAACCGAAGCAAAGAGUGGCGCAGGAGGCAACAGGCAGAUCCUCAACGUGCUCAAACAGCGACCUACGGAUCUGGCCACCAAACAGUACGCCGUCUCGUACAUGCGCAACGUCACAAAGUCGUUCGAGUACACCACCGACGUUCUCGAGCGUUUGUACGCCCAGGCGCAAAAGGAGAUCCAACGCCUCGAGAAUCAACUUGGCAUUCCCAACCCGGGACUCAAAGCCAUUCUCGAGGCGCUCAAAAGCAGUUGGCAGUCUGCAUAA